AUGGCAAGUAAUCAAGUAGACUUUACUUCCCUACCAAUAUUGGACUAUAGUCUCAUUCAUAAUCUCAAAAAAGAUGAAUUCUUGUCUCAACUUCGUAACGCACUUCUCCAUGUUGGUUUCCUAUAUGUCAAAAAUCAUCCAAUUCCUGAGAAACUUAUCACCAAAAUCAAAUCAUAUUCUGACCAACUCUUUAAUCUUCCAACUUCCGAAAAAUUACGAAUUGAAAUGUGUAAUUCACCACAUUUUCUUGGAUACGACAAAUUGGCCGCAGAAAAAACCAAAGAUAUAGAGGAUCAACGUGAACAAUUUAAUUUUGGAGCAGAAGUCCCUUGCACUUGGAAAAAAGGAGAACCUUUAUAUAGAAGACUUAGGGGACCUAAUCAAUGGCCUGAUGAGAAAUACGUCCCUGGUUUCAAAGAAACCUUGUUGGAAUAUAUUAAAGCGAUAUCUGAUUUCUCAUUAGAAUUUAUGCAAUUAAUAGCAUCGAGUUUAGGUCUUCCUUCCGAUUCUUUAUAUAAGUUUCUGGAUCCUCUUAAUAAACAGAUGAAUCGUUUAAAGAUUGUUAAAUAUCCUCCAUUAAAUGCAUUGGCUUUAGGCCCAGAUGAUAUUGCACAAGGCGUUGGGCCUCAUAAAGAUGCUUGGCUAACAUUUCUUCUUCAAGUUAAUGAUGUAUGGG